GCUGCGUCCUGCCAAGUGGAAUUCAGUGGGCUUUCAGAGCCACGACGCCAAACAGAGCCCGUGAGACAGGCUGACGCACGCGGCUCUCCUCUGUGGGUGAUGUGGUUAAAUGGGUACAGUCUGACCCCCUCUUGGCCAUGGACAGAAAGCUGACUCUGAGCUCACCUGGAAAAACAUUAAUGGGAUAAUUUAGCAGUUUGCCUUAAAACACACUCGGAAAACAAGUUAGUAUAAAAAUAUGUUUUUGUAACUUUCCACUUAUUGAUCCAAAAGUGGGUUUGGAGUUCCAGGACGCACGAGGUUCUCUGUUUUGACUCAGUCUACACGAAAACAUCAGAUGGACAAGAUCUCCUCGAAGAACCAGGCAGAGCAGAGGCUGCGACCGCCCCGCUUCCCGGGCUCCGGCAGACGGUCAUGGGACCGCGGGGCCGUUCGCCAGCUGGCCGGAGACAGCGGCUUUGAAGUGUGACGCACCGGAGAGAGGCGCCUCCGCUAAAACAGCCCGCACGCACAAACCGGGGAAGCAAAAACAGACUCACUGCGCUGUAACACGCGAGUACAAGUCUAGAAAGUGUAACUUACUGUUAUUUUUGGCCGAAAUAAAAUCUAGUGUGAUUAUAAAGUAGCUGGAAAUAACUGCAAACCUUUCAUUUGAAGUCCUGUAAUCCACAUGAGCGGAACAUUAAAAUAAAAGUAGUGCAUCUGGAAUAUGUGCUGCAGUCUGGUGUUGUAGAUGAGCUGAUAUGAGCAGGUGGAGCAGCAGGUGGAUGGAUCAGGUGCAUUUCCACAGAUCAUCUGAGGGUCACUUUUACGCAGGCGUUAGGACCCCGGGAUGGGCUGGAUGAGAGACAAAGUGUGCGCACCUCCAGAGGCUUGUUGAGAGUUUGACUUGUCUCUCAUUCCUGUCACAUGUCUGGUGCGGCUGGAUGUGUCUUCAGAUUUCUGCUUUUCAUCGUCUCUGAACACACGCGUAAUUUCAGUAAAAUGCUGCUCACUUUUCUGAGGAAAAUCCUACAUUUGUGGAAGUCCAGACGGGACAGUGUGAACUUCUGAGCUGUGGUUCCGCUCUCCUCUUCCUCCCACCAUGAGGCUGUGGGGCAGAGCUCCAGGCGUCCGCAGGAGGAUGCUCUGUUUCUGGCUGCUGCUUCUCGGGUUCGCCCUGGUCUCGUUGACGUUCUCGGACCUUUUUAUCAAACGGGAGCGGGACCACAGUCAUCAGCGAACCGGCCCUCCCCGGCGCCCCCUCCAACGGGUGCCCGGUCCACCGGAGGUUGAGGUGCUUGUGGACUUUCGGGACCCCGCUUUGGAGCUCGGCAUUGAUCUAGCCCCCCUGAACUCUCUGCAAGAAGACCAGCUGUUAUUCGUGCCAUCCACGCAAGGGACAAAAAACUCGCCGCCAAAGAAAGGGAGUUAUAAGGUGCUUCUGCCGGGACCGGGUAAAGACAGCACCACGCCAGCGGCCACGACGCACGGAGAGAUGGGGAAAGGGGUACAGCUGAGCCUCGGGGGUCUGGAGAAGGACAUGGAGCGGACUGGAGUGAAUAAAUAUGGAUUUAACGAAGUGGUCAGUGAGAGGAUUUCACUCCACCGGAGUCUGCCGGAGGUGCGACCUCCUGAGUGUUUAGGGGAGCAGUACAGUGAGUCUCUGCCUUCAGCCAGUGUUGUCAUCUGUUUCCACGAUGAGGCUUGGUCCACACUGCUGCGCACCGUCCACAGUGUACUGGACACGGCACCCAAACAGCAUCUGCAGGAGGUCCUGCUGGUGGACGACCUGAGCCUGCACGGUCAUCUGAAGAGCGUCCUCAGUGAGUAUGUGUCACAUCUGAACGGUGUGCGCUUGAUUCGUAGCAUGAGGCGCCUAGGAGUGGGAGGGUGCCGGACUCUAGGUGCUUCCAGAGCUACUGGGGAGGUACUGGUAUUCAUGGACUCCCACUGUGAAUGCCACAAGGGCUGGCUUGAACCCCUGCUGGAGAGAGUGGCCCAGGACAGAACCAGAGUGGUGUCUCCCAUCAUGGAUGUGAUUGACUGGCAGACCUUUCAGUACAACGCCACCCGGUGGCCAGUUCGGGGAGUGUUUGACUGGAGACUAGACUUCUACUGGGAAUCAAACCCUCAGGUUCAAGCUAAGGACGCAGAUUUGGCUGUUCAUCCUGUGCAGAGCCCAGUAUUAGGAGGUGGAGUACUGGCUAUCGAUAGACAUUUCUUUCAAAGCGUGGGAGCCUACGACCCAGGAAUGCUGCUGUGGGGGGCCGAACAAAUCGAGCUGUCAAUCAGGGUGUGGUCCUGUGGUGGGUCCAUGGAGGUGGUUCCAUGCUCCCGUGUGGCACACCUGGACCACCACCACCUGCCUUAUCGCUUCCCAGAUGAGGAGCUUCUUCAGAGGAACAAGAUCCGCAUUGCAGACACGUGGAUGGAUGCGUACAGGAAGAUCUUCUACAGGAGAGACACACUUGCUCAUUUCAUCAGGCAGUCAGAGAGCCCCAGUAUCACAGAGCGCCUCCGAAUAAAGAGGAGUCUGGGCUGUAGGAACUUCCACUGGUACCUGACAACAGUCUAUCCACAACUUUAUGUCCCCCAGGACAGACCGGCACUGUCAGGCGAGCUGUACAACGUCGGCACUGGCAGCUGUGCGGACUACCCCCGAGGGCAGGCUCUGCAGGGUGGGGACAUGAGUAUAGCACCAUGCAGCGGGACAGGCAGCCAGCAUUGUGAUCUAAACUCUGAGGGUGAAGUGCGAUGGGGUUCACUGGGGGCUUUGUGUUUGGAUGCUAACGGAGAGAGGGUGGUCCUCUCUCCUUGCCCCGCCCACCGACCAACCCCCACCAGACUUCAGUGGAAGUUCAUAAAGCUGAGUGGACAGCUUGUUCACCAACAGUCCCAGUUAUGUCUGGAGGCCGUAAAAGACGGAUUGCUUUCACAGAGCAGCGGUGGUCAGCCAAGAGAAGUGAGCAGCACCCACAGUAGUGUGGGAGGACUCUUCCUACGCCCCUGCACACAUCACCCUCGACAACAGUGGCACUUUGAGCAGCUGGUGGCUCCUAAAGGUGCCUGACAGAAAACAGAAGGACUCUGUGGAUUCACAACACGUAAAUCCAGGGCAUGUACUUUCACAUAUGUUCUAUGCAGUAUGCCCCAGUAAAAUGGUGUAGAAGAAUCUGGAAGUGUAAUUAUUUUUGUUCCACUUUGCCAUUUAGAUUUUUGUUCCUGUUUUAAGGAUUGCAAAUAGCAUUUAUCAAGCUUAAGGCAAGAUAGAGAAAUAAUUAUUUUAAAUUUUUUAAAUGACUUUAUUGGAAUCUAUUACAUGGAUAUAUAUUCUUAAUAUUUAUUGACAUGUACGCAUAGUAAACUUAUAGAAAAAUACUUUGAAUUAUAUUUUAAUUGCUUUAUUACUUCAUGUAUGAAUUGUUUUGUGCACAUACUUGAACUGUGAUGUGAGUCAAACUCCAAAUUGUGGAUGGUGGAUGUUUUGUGGAGUGAAAAGAAACAUGGAGAGCUGCUUCUAUGGGGUCACAAACUGUCGAAGUAAAUAAAAAUAAUAUGAUAUGUGAAUUGAUUUUCCUAAUUAAAACUGAAAAAUGAUGUUUUCUGUAAGAGUUUGUAAAUGCUGACAUCAUGAAUAGCAUUUGAAACGUAGAGUUGAUGGCUCAUUUGUAAGAAGAACAUGCAAAAAAAUUGCAAAAAGAAGAAAAUGAUGUAAAAGAUGACAUGUAAUAAGAGGCAAAUGACAUAACAGAUGCAACAAGAUGAAAAUAAGAAAUAAUAAAAAAGACAAACAAAGCAAUUGCCUCAACAUUUAGUGAAGUGUAUGUAACUCAACCCUGUUGAUGACACUGGAAAAUAUGCCAAUUCAUGACAUAUUUUUGUAUAUCAGAUGAGACAUUAAAACCCCUGAUGUGUCUGUGCUGAGUGUUCUGAAUGUAUGAUUUAUUCAAAAUAUUUCAAAAAAUUUUGCUCAAAAAAUUCAAAAUGUUUUGAGAGAAUAGACCUUGCGCUUUCCAAAGACAUCUGAGCAUGCUCAGUUCUCCCCCCACCACCUGUGUAAUUGGGAGCAAAACAUGGAGC